AUGGAUACAAAAUCACUUGUUGUGUCACAGAGUAUAUAUCCCUAUAUAGGCGACUGCAUAUCCGCUACACAAGUCGUUCGCCUGAUUAAUCUGCACUUUCUCUGCAUUCUUCACUCUCUUUUGUUAGCAUUCUUUGAGCAUACUUACAACCUGGAUAAUCCUUCGUCAAGGUCUGGAGAAGUAGUCGAGGGACAAAGCAACAGCGUUGCUGCAGCUCACGACUCGAUCUCUCAAAAGGACCCAGAGAUCAAGCAAGAGUCUGAGGACGAGCUAGAAGAGACACAAGUUGGUGAGGUUGAAGCCGAUACAAAGUCCGUACCCAAGGACAAUCUUAAAGACCAAGACGACGAAUACGAUAGCGACGACGAGCAUCAUCUUUGCUCCAUACUUCUCUACUUUAUAUCAAAGACUCUUCUGAACCAUCUCAGAGACGAACCUGAAGACACCCCAAUGGACCGCUUUGCCGAACAGUUCUUUGGUCGUCAGGACCAGUCUUCACGUUCUCGACCUCCUGAGGAUCCCAGCUUCAUGGAGACGUUCGCAAAGAACUUGGCCAAAUCCGCUGCUAAGUCUGCCGCCAGAAAAGCCAUGGGUCAAUCAUCCUCUGAGAAGCGAACUCGAGAUGGCACACGAAGCGGAAACCAGAUCAACCCUGAAGAUUUCCGUGGUGUAGCUGAGUUCGUUCUCGGUAUGCUUGGCGGGAAGAAUGAACAGUCCCGAAGAGACGACGAUCGUAAGAAGGAUAAGAAGAGGAAGAGAGAUAAGGAUAAGGAUAGGAGCAGAGAGGCACCGAGGAGUAGAGAUGCUGAAGAUGACGGUGACAAGUAUGGAUCUGAUAAAGAACGUCGAAAGAGACGUCGCCACCGCGUUACCUUUGCAGAACCAUACUACGAAUCUCCUCGUCCAGAAGAGACUUACUAUGCUCAACCCUACGGACCUCGUCGCGACGAAGACAAGGAAGAGCGCCGCCGUCGUCGUCGUCAACGCCGAUACAAGCGCGACCUAGAUCUCAAGACCCUCAAGACAGAGUUGGAGGCCAUGUCGAGCACUAUAAUCUCUUUGAACGCGAGAGGCGCCAAACAUCGGGACUGCGAGUUUUACGAUCGCUUUGUGAGAAAGGGCGGGAGGUUGCAGGAUGUCAUUGGGAGCACGUUGGGACAGAUCAGGGGGGUCAUGGAGGGUGAGGUUGAGGCUGAGGAGAGAAGACGACGGAGAGACCGGAGGAGGGAGAUGCGAUGA